CCGACCCAGUAGGGGGAUCCCCGAGCCCCCCCGGGAGCAGAUCCCCCCACGCACCGGGGCGGGAGGGACGCGGGGCGGGCCCGGCAGCGGGAGGCGGCGCUUCCCGGCGGCUGCGGCCUGGGAGGCCCGGGCGGGCCCGAGCGGCACUGGGGAGAUCGGCUUGAGUGGGACCCCCUAAGUCAUUCACCCACCGCGGAGUGGCCAGUUGGGGUGAGGCCCCCGCAGAGAUUCAGCUGUUUCCUGCCUGCAGCCCUGUCCGGAUUUCCAACCCCCUGACCCCCGUGGGUUCUGCGGAUCCAGAUUCCCAUCCCCUGUCUCUGCUGAGAAGUGGGAGGUCGUCGCCUGGGGUGACCCAAGGGGGCAGAGAUGCCAUCGUCGGAGAAGGAGCGCAGGGCCAAGAGGCGAAGCAGAGACCCCUCCCCGUCCCGGGGGCACCAGGGCGGCCGCUGGGACUGGAGCUGCCCUGAGACGCGGCGCCGGCUGGAGGAGCUGUAUUUCCGGGAGCAGGAUUACAUCCGGGCGGGCUCUGAGGAUAGCCGCCAGUUCUGGGCCUUCUUCGAGCGGCUCCAGCGCUUCCAGACCCUGAAGGCUAAGCGGGAGCCGGCGGUGUGGGCUCCCCCGGCCCGGGCUGACCCCUCUGCCACCCCUGGGCUGGCUGGCCUCCCACAGGAGUACGACCCAUGCUACCGGAUCAACCUGUCAGUGCUGAGCGGGGACGUGGAGGGGCUGGCGGGGGGCAGGAGGGGGGGUCCGCGGCAGGGCCCAGGGGUGCCGGCCGAGCAGCUCUCCCAGUUCCGCGCCGCCCUGCUGCAUUACCUGGACUUCGCCCAGAAGCAGAGCUUUGCCAAGCUGGCCAAGCUGCAGCGGGAGCGGGCGGCCCUGCCCAUUGCUCAGUACCGUGAUCGGCUGCUGCAGGCUGUGGCCCAGAACCAGGUGGUGGUGGUAGCCGGCGACACGGGCUGUGGCAAGUCCACACAGGUCCCCCAGUACCUGCUAGCGGCUGGGUACAGUCACGUGGCCUGCACCCAGCCACGUCGCAUCGCCUGCAUCUCGCUGGCCAAGCGGGUGGGCUUUGAGAGCCUGCACCAGUAUGGGGCUGAGGUGGGAUACCAGAUCCGCUUCGAGAGCACCCGCUCCCCGGCCACCAAGAUCGUCUUCCUGACGGAGGGGCUGCUGCUGCGGCAGGUGCAGCGCGAGCCGGCACUGCCCGGGUACCAGGUGCUGAUUGCCGACGAGGUGCACGAGCGGCACCUGCUUAGCGACUUCCUUCUGGGCGUGCUGCGCCGCCUGCUGCCCGCCCGCCCCGACCUCAAGCUGGUGCUCAUGUCGGCCACCAUCAACAUCCGCCUCUUCGUGGGGUACUUCGGGGGUGCCCCUGUGGUGCAGGUGCCCGGCCGGCUCUUCCCCAUCACGGUCGUCUACAAGCCCAUCCCCCAGGACGAGCUGGUGGCAGCGAGCGGGAAGCCGGAUCGGCUGGACCCCCGGCCCUACCUGCGGGUGCUGCAGGCCAUCGACCACAAGCACCCGCCCGAAGAGCGGGGUGACCUGCUUAUCUUCCUGAGCGGGGUGGCGGAGAUCAGCGCUGUGCUGGAGGAGGCCCAGGUCUAUGCCACCCGCACCCAGCGCUGGGUGGUGUUGCCCCUGCACAGCACCCUCUCCAUUGCCGAGCAGGACAAGGUGUUUGACAUGCCCCCCCCAGGAGUCCGGAAAUGCAUCAUCUCCACCAACAUCGCUGAGACCUCGGUCACCAUCGAUGGGGUGCGCUUUGUGCUGGACUCUGGGAAGGUGAAGGAACUCAGCUAUGACCCCCAGGCCAAGCUGCAGCGGCUGCAGGAGUUCUGGAUCAGCCGGGCCAGCGCCGAGCAGCGGAAGGGGCGUGCGGGCCGGACGGGCCCCGGGGUCUGCUACCGUCUCUACGCUGAAUCUGACUACGACGCCUUCACCCCCUACCCGGUGCCGGAGAUCCAGCGCGUGGCACUCGAUGCCCUGGUGCUGCAGAUGAAGAGCAUGGGGCUGGGCGACCCCCGGACCUUCCCCUUCCUGGAGCCGCCCCCCGAGUCCAGCCUGGAGACAGCCGUGCGCUACUUGAUGGAGCAGGGGGCGCUGGACAGGGCCGAGAGCCUGACACCCAUCGGGAGCCUUCUGGCCCAGCUGCCCGUGGACGUGGUGAUCGGGAAGAUGCUGGUUCUGGGUGCGCUCUUUGGGCUGGCUGAGCCGGUGCUCACUGUGGCGGCAGUGCUGAGCGUGCAGUCCCCAUUCCUGCGCCCCACACGCACCAACCCGGACUGUGCCACGGCCCGCCGGCCCCUCGAGAGCCCCCACGGCGACCCGCUGACACUGCUCAAUACCUUCAAUGAGUGGGUGCAGGUGAAGUCGGAACGGGCUGGCAGCUCCAGGAAGUGGUGCCGGCGCCGGGGGCUGGAGGAGCACCGGCUCUAUGAGGCGGCCAACCUGCGGCGCCAGUUCCAGGAGCUGCUCCGGGACCACGGUCUGCUGGAGCCUGUGCAGGGGCCCAGGGACAGCUACGCCCGGCAGAGCCGACACCUGGAGCGCCGGGAGCUGCGCCAGCUGCAGCAGUGGCAUGAGGAGACAGAGGGGCGGAAGCGCAAGGUGCUGAAGCUGCAGGAAGGGGAGGCCGGCUCCUCCAGCGACGAGGGUGCCAGCAGGACUGAGUCGUCUGGUGUCGAUAUCCAGGACGUCAAGUUCAAGCUACGGCACAACGUGGACGAGCUCCAGGCUGCGUCCAGCGCGGCCCUGUCCUCCCACCGGCUUGCCCUGCUCAAGCUGGUGCUGUGCAGGGGUCUGUACCCCCAGCUGGCCGUGCCCGAUCAGUACAACAGCUGCCGCAAGGACUCUGACCAGAUUUUUCACACCAAGAACAAGCAGGGGAUUGUCCUGCACCCGACCUGCGUCUUUGCCAGCAGCCCAGAGUUGCUGCAGACCACAGAGAAGAAGGCAGAGCCUGGGAGGAGCAGAGGUCCCCUCUCUUGUGGCUUUGCAGGUUCGCAGGAGGGGCUGAGCAGCCGGCACCAGCUCCUGGCCUUCGUCUCGCUGCUGGAGACCAACAAGCCCUACCUGGUGAAUUGCCUGCGGGUGCCGGCACUGCAGGCUCUCCUACUGUUCUCCCGUGCCCUGGACACCAGCGCUGACUGCACGCGGCUGGUGGCAGACUCCUGGCUGGAGUUGUGCGUGCCGGACAGCGAGGCUGCCCUGCGGCUGCUCUCCGCAGCCCUGCAGCUCCGCGCUGCCUGGGAGGGGCUCCUGAACCGGCAUCUGGAGGGGAGGUGUGGGGAGCCAGGGCACAGACCGGACCCUCGGGAGGUGGCGACGCUGAGGCAGGGGCUGCUGGAGUUUCUGCAGCACGAGGUGCAGUACAGCCUGCGCCAGCUGACGGCGCUGGAGAAGCAGAACCUCUACGUGGGGCCCCAGACAGUGGCGGCUGCGCCGGGGCUCCCGGGUCUGUUCCAGGGGGCAGAGAUGAUGCCCGACGAGGAGAAGGGCGGCUAUAGGGUGGCUGAGUUCCUGACCUACAACUGCCUCGUGAGCGACACCGACCUGUACAGCGACUGCCUGCGCAGCUUCUGGACCUGCCCGCACUGCGCCCUCUACAUGCCCUUCACCCCCAUGGAGCGCAUGAGCCACGAAAGCAGCUGUCGGCCCCAGCCCCAGGAGGCUCCCCCGGAAGAGGCCGCUGAGUGUUCAGCCAAAGCAACUGCUCUGCAGAGACCUUAUCACUGCGAUGCCUGCGAGCAGGACUUCAUGUUCACAUCCACGGAGAUCCUGCGGCACAGAAAGCAACACCAGUGAUGGCCAGGGCUGUGUGUCUGGGCCUAGCCCUGAUGGGGGCAUAGUGGUCAGAGCAGGGAGCUGGGUGUCAGGACUCCUGGGUUCUCUCCCCAGCUCUGGGAGGACACAUGGUCCUGCCCCUACAAAGCGCAUAGCAGCGCAUCCUGGCUGCGCUGGCUGGACUUGCGGUGUGGGGUUGGGGUGGGAGCUGAGUCCUGCAGCGUCGUUCCCUCGCUGACUCCCAGGGUAGUUUGUUACGAGUCGGGUUGGUGGGUUCGUUACGGGGCAGGCAGAGACCCCCUGCCCGUGGGUCUGUCAGGGUGUGGCUCCAGUGCCGGUUGGACUGGGCCUCUCUGGUGGGGCCAGAGGCACUGCUCCCCCUGGCGGGGACACGUGUUGGGUUUUUGUACGUGUGAAUAAAUGUCCCUUGGCUGAGGAGCGCAGCCCCCAAAUGGGAGGCCCGGGUUGUCCAGGGGAGGCUCUCUGAUACACAGUGGGCUGGAGGGUGUGGGACAAUGGCUCCUUCUGGCCUAGCGUCUCUGGGACUGAUGGCCCCGGAUGGGGAAACUCACCAGUGCUAGCAGCUGCUUUGCCCUCUGUGGCGGGGGCUGGAACCCUCGCGUGGGCGAUAGGGCAGCCCAUACCUGAGCCCUGGUGGCUCAGUGCAGCUCAGCGCCCUGCAGCCCCCGGGACACCCCCAUUCUGCCCCUGCGCCUGGUCUCUGCAGCAGUAUCGGAAUAGAUCCACUCAGGGCAAGCGUGUGUCUGCCCGGCUGGGAGCAGGAGUGACAGCGAGCGAGGGCCUUGGCAGGAGCUGGGGCCGAGUGGUGCGAUGGGAUGCGUGGCAGAGAUGCGCAGCAGGAAGUCAGCAAGGCUUAGCCGGAGCUUAGGGGUUGGGUGCUAGGAGAGGCCAAGAUGGUGCCCAGGUUACAGGCUGAGCAAUGAGAGUGAGGGCAUGUGCAUGUGGGUAUCUCCUUGGGAUAGGCAUGUUCCCAUGGGCAGCGUGCGCGCACACUGUCCAUCUGAGAUUGGAGUGUGGACGUACCAGGAGACGGAGGUGCAGCCCAGCCAGGCGCUGGCUGGGAGGGCUGGCUUCUCUGGGCUCAGCUCUGCUAGAGAUGCUGCCUGGACUUUGCGUGGCCACGGGGUGGCAGCCUCGCUCUGUUUGCAGGAUUUGCUGGCGCGCUCCCAGCUCCUGCUCUGAGCUGUCCACGCAGGGUGGAGAGACAGGGACCUCCUGUGUUUGUCAGGCUCCUCAUUAGCGAUGGGUCACCUGUUAUUUAUUCCAUAGAGGCCCCAUCAUGCCGGGUGCCUCCCAGACCCCGACCGAGAUCGGCCCUGCUGUGCUAGGGGCCGUGCAGAUGCAGAGCAAGAGCAGCCCCUCCCCUGAAGAGCCCAAAGUCCUAGCAGCCCUGCAGAAUGCACCAGGCCGGAGGACACGUGGCGCCCGGCGAAUCCUGUCCUGUUGGCUCUGGAGGCCUGGGCUGCGGGGCUUGGGGCUAGCCCUACUCUCCUCUACAUCACUCCCAAGCUGGCUGCUCAGGAGCUUCUUGGGCUGGCCAGCUCCCCAGGGAGGCUGUGCUUCCUAGGAAUUGGGGUCUGAGAAGCAGAUCCCCUCCCGCACCUCCAGCCCUGAAAACAACCCCACCAAUUGGUGGGAUGGCCUUGAGUCUAAGCAGCCCUUCCCUCCCCCCCGUUUCCCUGCUCUUCCCUCAGCCCCAUCUCUCUUGCCCUGUCCAUUGCAGGUUGAGAAGGUUGCAUUGUAUAGCACUGGGGCAGAGAGCACAGAGCGCCACAGGGUGGGCAGGGCAAAAGGGUGUCAUAAAGGACACCUCAGAUCUAGGGCCACAUUUCACACUGGUACCUUUGGGCAGAGAACAUAUCCAGUAUCUACUGGGUCGGGGGGCUGGGAGCCAGGACUCCUGGGUUCUAUCCCCGGCCCUGGGAGGGGAGUGGUACCGAGUGGUUUGCGGGACGGGGCUGGGAGCCAGGAUUCCUGGGUUCUAUCCCUGGCCCUGGGAAUGGAGUGGGGUCUUUGGGUUCGAGCCGGGGGGGGGGGUGGGAGCCAGGACUCUUGGGUUCUAUCCCUGGCUCUGGGCAGGGAGUGGGGUGUAGUGGCUAGACCUUGCUCCCAAAGCUAAUCGGAAUUAAUGUGCCCCUUUCUGUAACCCGCCCUAGCAGGUGUUGGGUCUGCAGUCCUGUCUCAUGGCAGGUUCACACUGGAGGUUUAUAUCCCUCUGCUGGCUGGGAAGACUGGGGCUAGUCCUUCAGCUCCCGUGGUCGCGGCUGCUGUACGUCCCUGUGCCUCACAGGUCUCCGGGGAGAUGCCUGCCAGGGGAGGUGUGUGUUGGGGGGCAGCUGCCCCCAAUGCCUCCAGGUCACAAUGGGGAGGUGAUCUCUCACACCCUCCAUCUGUCUCCUCUCCCCAGCACCAAAUUCAGCCAAAGUUUUAGGCAUUCAAGUGUUACUGAAUUGCUGAAGCUGUUCGAAACAGCCUAUCCCCUCAUGGACAGCAAGAGACCCUACCAUAAACAAACAUGUAAACAAGGCAACCCAUGUAACAAGCACACCU